UACAUGACUUGCAGGACAGAAAAUAGAUUGCAGAGAUCGAGAAGAGGCUUCUUUUUGUAAGCGUCGUGGAGCGUGUACCUUCUUCUCUCAUACUGUUCUAGUCGUGUUGGGCAAACAGGUAGGAGUGGAGCUGAGUUCUGGUGCUGCACUUGGCGAUUGGCUCGGCGUGCAAGUUUGAUUUCGUGAGCACGUUAUUCUCAGCGUUUGAUUUCCCAUUGAAAUCAUCGUGAAUUAUUAUUUGGUGUAGGGCGAACAGGCCCCAUAAGAGGACGGAAGUAGGCCGAAAUGGACGAUAAUAUGGACUGCAACGAAGAGGUGGAAGUGGUGGAGCUGGAUGAGAACGACCCCAGAGUAUCUGCCCUGGAUGAGAUGGCAGACAACGCCAGCCUGGAGGGACAGCUGGACGAGAGUGACUACGUUGAGGAGCAGCAGGAUGCGCAGAAUGAGCCGAGCCGUGAUGACGCCAGCGUAGUGUUCUCAACACAUACAGGGUCCGUAUUCUCAGUGGAUGUCAGCAAAAACGGACAGUACGUGGCCAGUGGUGGCGAGGACGACCUAGCGUACCUCUGGCAGAUCCACAACGGCAACACCAUCAUGAAGUGCUGCGGCCAUAAAGACUCAGUAUCGUCCGUAGCCUUCAACCACGACAGUAGUUUGCUAGCGACAGCUGACGUUGCCGGCAAUAUCAAAGUCUGGAAGCUGCCGUCGGCAGUGUUGUACUGGUCAGAAGAUAGCAAUGGAGUAGAUCAGGAGUGGAUAUCUUGGCAUCCGUUUGCCAAUGUUCUCGGCGCUGGCAUCAAUGAUGGUGUGGUAUGGAUUUGGCAAGUACCCUCAGGACGAUGCAAGACGUAUCUUGGUAACAACUCCCCAACUCUAUGUGGACACCUGAUGAAUGAUGGAGCACAUGCGAUUGCUGGGUACAAGGAUGGCACUGUUCGGGUAUGGGAUAUGAAGAACAACACACCCAUGGAACUGAAAGUUUCUGCACCGACUGUAAACGUACUGAGCGUGGCAUCACUUAUCAUCACCGACGAGGAGGACAAGCCAACGUCACUGAACCCCGUGGUGAAGGCGGCUGCGGGCUGCGAAGACGGCACCGUCACAGUCUUCCAUCCAGGCAAUGGAAAACUUUUUGCGCGUCUGCAAGCAGGCUUUGCAACGUCGGACGACGGAUCGUGUGGCAUUGAAGCCAUGGUCUUCUCGCCUCAAGACGGUCAGUACCUGGCAACAGCCUCUCUUAGCGGCACAAUGGCUGUGUGGGACAUAGCACGUCAGACGGCAGUGUACACGAUGCCCCAUCCGGCUAGCGUGAUUAGAAUCCGGUGGAUGCCCCAGAGUGUGUUUGUAGUGUCGGCAUGUCUCGAUGGCAUAGUGCGCGUAUGGGAUGUUCGCUCUGGACAGUGUGUGCGCGACUACCUGGGACACCGGGACGACAUCCUCGACAUGGUGCUGUCCGACACAAGUAAAGCCGUUGUGUCAGCGUCAUCGGACGGAACCGUACGUAUCUUUUCGCUAGCGUAAUGUCUACUGUACAGGACUCUCCCUUCUGGCUUGCUGCUGACGGACCAUACCCCGGGGAUUGGCAAUCCUCAAAGCGUUUGCUGUGGAUCAUGGCACUAACUUGAGUGAGCGGGCGUAUGACUUUGUCGUCUGUCCUGGGCUGACGGGCCCAGCUGGGCUUAGAUAACGCCUCUGCCAGUAUCCAACGCUGUGAUGUACAAAUACAUGCUCAGACUGCUCCGUCGCUGUGCUGUACGCGUCGCUCAAACUGCGCACGAUGGCGCUGCUCAUGCACCGGCUGGCGAGGAGAAGAAGAAAACUAUCCAACUUGCUGCGCAUCAAUGCGAUCGCUGCUGUGAUCUGAGUCCCGCAAGCUUUCCAGCGGUAGCCAGCUGAAUCUCUAGCUUGUCUCGUCUGCUUCGUCUUGUGGACUCUAGUACUCGCCGAUAGCAUGAUGUAACAAAUCUAAAUUGACGUCGCAAUCUUUUAUUAUACUUCAGUAGGCUUUCCGGACUUCAGAUUAGCUUGGUUCUUUCUAGUGCCGUCUAGUGCGUCUCGAAUCGACUGGACACCGAGAGAUAUUGAUAUGUGUUGCUUACAUGCGCGUGCGUGAGUGAUCAUAACAGCGUUCUGCUUCUAACCAAUCAAGGGUCUCCCAAGAGAAUUUCCACCCGUGCAUGUGUAUAUGCUACUGCUGUGCUCAAGCGUAGGCGAAGAUGUGUGCGAAUUGUCUAGUCAGUCUUCCGAUAUCAUGCAACUGCUUUCUAAAUCUCUCUGUAACGUUAUUCUCAUCAUCUUCUUUAGACUAGACCCUCUCUGGUCGUGAUUUAUGUUCUGCGGAGCUGGAAAUUUUUACACGGCAAGUGCCUCUCACCCCGGAGGUAAAGCUUUA